AAAUGACAUCCCUACAGCGCCUGUGUCGGUUUGACACGCUGUACUCCUCACUCGACAAUAUCAAGGGCCUAGGAGAGCUGACCAAUCUGAGUACUCUAUCUCUCAGAACACGUUUUUCUGAAGAUGUGGACAUGGAUGCUCUAAACACUUCUUUGGGAAAACUUUGUAACCUCAAGUGGCUGUACAUAUCUUCACCUAAAUCUUGGAUACCUGAGGCAGUAACUUUGUCGCCUCCUCCCCUGAACCUUGCGACACUCCACAUUGUAAAAAGGUCCCGGGUCCCCAGCUGGAUUGGGGAACUCUAUAAUCUCCAGGUGUUGACUCUCUCUGUUGAGAAGUUGGACAAGGACGAUGUUGGUAUUCUUGCGCAGCUACCUGCCCUCAUCGAGCUUACUUUAACUUUCAGUAGAUCCCUGGAAGCAACAAUUGCAAUCUAUGGAAAAUCAUUCACAGCCCUAAAGAAGUUUGAUGUCAGCGGAGAUAUCAUGCCACACCUGACCUUCCAAGCUGGGGCAAUGCCUAAGCUCCAGAGCCUCUUUCUAGGGUUGAACGCCAGGGGGUGGGAGCAGGACGAUAACGCUGCACCUAUAGGUAUCGAGCACCUGUUAGCACUUGAAAAAAUCGAUGUAGGAAUUGGCUACAGGGGUGCUACUGCAUCUGAAAAGAGAAGAGCAGAGUCUGCCAUUAGGAUCGCUAUCAGCAUGCAUCCCGGCCAUCCUCACGUUAUAAUCAAAUGUUGGGACACAGUGAUUGGGCCUUGGUGACGGACGCAUGAUAAUUAUUGGUGUCAGCUACUACCAGCAGCUGGUAUAUUCAAAGGGAAGUCGAUUUUUUUUCUAUGGAGCAACAAGAUGAGGUACGCGAAGGAAUAUUGAGGUGUCUCCUACAUUUUGCUGAAUUGUAGCGGAUGGAGAUGGAUUAAUGCAUUUCCUUUCCGUCCGGAACAUCGAACUGUCACUUUGCUUUGUCCUACUAUUUAUCUCGUCGAACUGUUUGUUUCUACAAUAUUGAUGGUAUGAUACACUUUGGUUCGGUUUAUCCUAUAAUAAGGCUCGGAUGGUGGGCAGGAGUUGGCACCUACUGCGCCUUGCUCAU